GGUUAUUUUAUAUUUUGUUUAUUUUUUGAAUUCAGGAAUCAGAUUAGAUUUUCAGUUUCAGGAUUCUUUAUGCUUACGCCUUUCAGCUUUCAGCCUUCUGGUACAUUUCGGGAAAAUAUAAUUAUGUUAUCAAUUUAUAUGGAAUGAAACGGAAACUAUGAAAUAAUUGUAGAAGAUGGCAUCGGCCAAAGAGAUUCAAUCCGGUGGUAAAAAGCCUACUACUGAAAUAAUAACACCACAUAAACUUGCACUCACUAUAUUAAUAAGGAAUUUUUGCCUUUAUCGAGAAGAUGAGGAAUUCAAAAACAUGGAAAAUGGGGUUCUUCGUUGCAAAUACAGAAGAGAUUUCUGUGUACUCAUCCUCCGUCUUUUACAAAGCCCUGAAAUCCCAUUGCUAGAACUCUAUAAUCUGCUGACUUCAAAUAAAUACCAUAUUCCACAAUCUCUCUUUGAAUCAUUUGACACUACCCUAGUCAAUUUGAACACACAAGGAGUUGGUAGUUUGUUGGAUGUCACAGAGAGUUUACAAAAAAUUAUAAAUAGGCCAGAUGAUCCUUUGAAUACCAUCAUUGCAAAGUCAAGUAUCAUAGGUUACUAUUUAAGAAGAUUUAUUGUAUAUUUUGACAAAUUAACAUUUUCUGAGGUCACUGGUGUAUAUGAAGAUUUCCAGAGAUAUUUCCAAGAGAUGUGUAGAAGUUCAAAAUUCAUGAACAACCAAGAAGACAAUCUGGAAACAUGGUGUAAUGACCAGGAGCAAUGGUCUAGAAGACAAGCUGAACUUUUCAUAGCAACACAAGCAGCUCUUCUAUCAAAUAAUGAAGGAAAAGCCUUACCACCUCCUGAAUUACAGAAAAGAAUAAGCAGUAUUUUGAAAUCCAACCCUGAUUUAUCAGGAGCACAUUUUCUUCUCUAUUUAAAUUACCUGCGAGUAGAUGAAUACUGUGGAGCCCUAGACAGUCUUUUACACUCAUUUGACAGAAAUAUCGACCCAGAUCUGAAGUGUUUCAAUGAUGAGAAAAGUAAAAGACACAGAUUUGCUGCUCUCAACUUGGCAAUAUUGCACUAUCACUUUGGACACAUUGAAGAGGCAUUGGCGGCAUUGAAAGAGUCGGUAAAAAUUUCCCAGGAGGCGAACGAUAAUGUUUGUCUUCAACAUGCUCUGUCUUGGUUAUAUCGUCUUACGACUGUGAAUGAAGACAAGCUAAUCAUACACUGUAUACUGAAAAGUUCCGAGUUGAGUCUCAGCUAUACUGCCUCUUUGGGUUUGCAAACGUUUGGGCAGUUGGGAUGUUUACAUACCGGAAAAACGUAUGCCAUCUUUGAGACGCUAGCAAAAAGUGACAUGAUCAACUGUCAGCACAACUACAAAGACCUAAUUUCCAACAACUAUUCAAUGAAGUCGUCACUGUGGCAGCUCUACGGCAAGACAGAAAUGUCCUCUUUGUGGAGCCAGCUGCUGCUCUACCAAAACAUGGACUCCGUUUCUCCUAGCAAAGCCUUCUAUGGAGAAGGGUUCUGUCUGGCGGUGUGCAACAUUGCCAACCACUUGCUCAUGCAGGGCGAAUACUCAUUGGUCAACUGUGUUCUGAGUUUUGCCAAGCAGAGGUUUCCCCACGAGCCCCAAUCACAUCUCUGGAUGCUCUCGGAGAAUUUGUACCACUUCACGAGGGCGAUGUACAACGAAAAGUGGGCCGAAGCCCAAUCUGCAGCCCAGAAGAUAAUGGUGGUGGACAAAUGGGAGGGGUAUUUGAGGCUGGCCGAGGUCUAUUUCUACAAGCAGGACUACGUGGAGGCGGACAACUGCGUGGAGACCUUGCUGGACCAGUACGAAAAUGAUAACACAGACAAGUUUAGUGAUAGGUAUUACUAUGUGAGAGCAAAAAUCCUCAAAGCAGAAAUCCAGUUCGCCAGCACUUUUCCAGACUCCAUCCCCUCCGGCACAGUGACGAUCCUCAACAACUGCCUGAUCGAGUCCCAAACCUGCCAGCUGGACUACCAAUCGGUCCUCAUCCAGCUGCACAUAGCCAAUUGCAUGCUAUCGAUGGGACUGACAGGACAAGCGCUCACCGUUCUCGGGCAGUGCUUGGUCCAGAUUGUAGGCCACGGAGGCUGUUAUGACAGGGCGAGAGCGAUGCUUCUCUACGUGAAGUGUCUGGUGGCGGAUUCGCAUCGAAUGGCAGAGGACGAGAGGAAAAAAUUGAUUCUGGAUUGCGCCGGGAUGCUGGAGCAGGUCAAGGAGGAUUUCAGGAAAGUGGAGGCGUUCUCUAGGAUGCAGGAUGUGCUGUUUCUACAGAGUCAGUUGUAUAGUGUUUUGAAUAUGAGAGCAGAAAGAAACAAAUGUGCCCUGGAAUUUAGACUUCUGGAUGAAGAACAAACACCGAAAAAUGUUUAUACAUUAGUCAAAUUUGUCUAGUAUCUAAGAUAAUGUUGUAUUCAGUUUUUCUUAUUCCAUGAAUAAAAUAAUUUUGAGACACCCAA